CAAUAGCAACAAUUCGUAUAAAGUGCGCUCCAUGUACAGCGCCGAGCAAUUUGCGACGGCCGAGGAUGCUGCACAAACGGCAAUGGCAGCUGCGGCUGCCUACAAGGCCCUACUCGCCUUCUAUGCCAACGAGCGACAGGCCGCCAGUCACAUUGUCUCCCUGACUCUGGCGGCAGCAACCACAGGCGCUACAACAGCAGCAACCACCAUUGUGGGAAACAAUAGCAGCAUCAGCAUCAGCAACAACACCAACAACAACCGCAAUGAGUCAAGCUACGACGAUGAUGCACUGGCCACCAAUUUUUAUGUAAACACACACCUCGAUGGCGAACUGAUCACUGAGAGUGUGACCUUGGGCAGCAGCAUGGGCAGCACCUCCUCCUCUGUCGCGUCUGCCAGCUCUGUUUCCAGCUCCACCAGCUCGGCCACGGAGAUGCCCGUCUGGCUGAUACCCAGCUAUAGCAUCAUCUUGCUGUUUGCCGUUGUGGGAAAUCUGCUGGUCAUAUCGACGCUCGUCCAGAAUCGUCGCAUGCGCACCAUCACGAACCUCUUCCUACUCAAUCUGGCCAUCUCGGACAUGCUCCUCGGAGUGCUGUGCAUGCCUGUGACUUUGGUGGGCACACUGCUUCGUAACUUCAUCUUUGGCGAGUUCCUCUGCAAGCUCAUACAGUUUUCCCAGGCUGCAUCCGUCGCCGUUUCUUCCUGGACAUUGGUUGCCAUCUCAUGUGAACGCUAUUAUGCCAUAUGCCACCCGCUGCGCUCGCGUUCCUGGCAGACUAUAAGCCAUGCAUACAAGAUAAUCGGCUUUAUUUGGCUCGGUGGUAUUUUGUGCAUGACACCCAUUGCGGUAUUCAGUCAAUUGAUACCAACAAGUCGACCAGGCUAUUGCAAGUGUCGCGAACAGUGGCCGGAUCAGGGGUACGAGCGCUUCUACAACAUAUUGCUGGACCUAAUUUUGCUGGUGUUGCCGCUGAUGGUGCUCUGUGUGGCCUACAUUUUAAUCACGCGAACACUCUAUGUGGGCAUGGCCAGCAAGAGUGGCGCCACCAAAUCUUUUGGCACCGAUGAUGCCAUCGGCGGCAUCGGCGGCAUCGGCGGUGGUGGCUUCGCUGGUUUGCAGCUGCUGGCUCGCCACAAUGAGGCCAACACAAGUGACCAGGCCAACAGCACACAGGCUGCUUGCAGUGUCGCAGCUGGCAUGGGAGCUGGUGGGGGAGGGGGGGCAAGCUGCAUACUGGUUGUGGGCAGUGCAACAGAUUACGGUGAAAAGGCUAGCGACAACAACAAUGGCGCUACAACGAGUGCUGCAAAUACAACUACAACGACAACAACAACGACGCCCACACAGGCGACACAGACAACGGUGGCAUUGGCCAAGACAUCGCCCAGUCUACGCGUGCAUGAUGCGGCUUUGCGAAGGUCAAAUGAGGCCAAGACUCUGGAAAGCAAGAAACGUGUUGUGAAAAUGCUCUUCGUACUAGUGUUGGAGUUCUUUCUGUGUUGGACGCCCCUGUAUGUGAUCAAUACGCUGGGCAUGUUUAUUGGGCCGGCACUCUACGAGUACAUCGAUUACACCUCCAUCAGCUACCUGCAGCUGUUGGCCUACUCCUCGAGCUGCUGCAAUCCCAUAACCUAUUGUUUCAUGAACGCCAGCUUCCGGCGAGCCUUUGUGGACACCUUCAAGGGCUUACCCUGGCAUCGCCGGUCGCAGCGGUGCCAGUCAUGCUGCAUGUGGCGCUCUCGUUCCCGGCACGAGAUGGUGAGUCUAUCUAUUGGCGCCGGCAACUCGGUGGUGCACACGAAUAGCGCCACAGAUGGACCACGCCUCUGA